AUGAUGCCUAAUUGGACUGUCAAAUAGAAUAUUAGAAAGAACAAAGAUUUUAUUGAAAUUACUAUCUACAAUGAAAAUAUGGAAUCAUAAGGCAUUUAUGCUAGGGUGUUUGGUUUAAAAAACAUUGCUAAUUUGGUUUCAUAAAUCAAAACGAAAACUUGUAAAUAUAAAUAUGUUGAAAUCAUGGCUUGUCCAUUAGGUUGUCUGAAUGGAGGCGGAUAAAUUUAAAUAUAAAAAAAUACUGAAAAAGCAAAUGAUCUAGUAAUUUAAAUUUGUUAUUAUAGAUACCAAAAUUAAAAGAGAUAAUGACAUCUCAAAAGGUUUAGAUGGACAACUAAUAUCAGAAUGAACAGGAAAUGUAUUUAACAUAAUUUAAGCACGUUAAAAAUGAGAAUAAUUUUUAAUGGUGA